AGUGUAAAUUCCCAUAUUACCCUCCAUUUCAUCUCAAAACUACACAUCGGCAAAUUCAGAGUCUUCAGUUUCAAAACCCCACCGGCGCCAGCUAAAACCCUACUGACACUCUACCGUCCGUACAAAUCCCGGCGAAAAUGGAAUCGGAAAAAUCCUCAGCUCAAAUCAACGACAAAGAUUUGUUCAAAGCUGCUGAAUCUGGUGAUUCAUCGCUCUUCAAAUCACUUCCCGAAGAACAGCUCCUCAAAUCCCUCUCUCUCCGUAAUGAAGAUGCUCGUUCUCUCCUUCACGUUGCCGUCUCUUCUGGACACACUGAGGUGGUGAAGAUUCUUGCAGCUGCUGAUCCCUCAGUGAGUGGUAUAAAUAGUGGUGAUGAAGAAGGUUGGGUGCCGUUGCACUCUGCAGCAAGCAGUGGUAAUGUGGAAAUUGUGGAGAUUUUGCUUAGCAGAGGGGCUGAUGUAAAUCUGAAAAAUGAUGGCGGCCGCACUGCUCUUCAUUAUGCUGCUAGCAAGGGUCGAGCGAAAAUAGCUGAACUUUUGAUUUCACAUGGUGCUAAGAUCAAUGCAAAAGACAAGGCUUGUAGGAUGCACCCCAUUGCAUCGUGCAGCUAGCACUGGGAACUCUCAGCUGUGCGAACUAUUAAUUGAGGAAGGUGCUGAAGUUGAUGAAGUUGACAAGGCAGGGGAAACACCUUUGAUGACUGCUGUUGUAUGUGGCAAUAAAGAGGUAGCUUUGCUCCUCAUAAGACAUGGAGCAGAUGUUGACGUUGAGGACAAGGAAGGGUACACUGUUCUUGGUCGAGCUUCUAAUGAUCUUCGCCCAGUAUUGGUUGAUGCUGCAAAGAUGAUGCUCGAAGGAUAAACUCCAUGACCUUAUAGUAGCCCAUCAGAAAAUGCAAGCCAACUCUGUAAAUGUUCAACAUGAAGCGUGCUCAGCUAGAUACAGACCAAUGAAUAUCUUUCUGAAACUCUUUUAGUUGUAUGGGAGGAAAUCUAAAUGAUGUUCUGACUACUGUAUUGUUUUCAACUAACUUAAACAGAUAUGUUCACUCCUUG